GGGUGGAGUCUGGGCAACCAGCGGAACCGGCUCCCUCCAGGUCUUCCGGCUGCUUGGGUACCUCCCGUGUCUGCAAGGUGGCGGGGGAUCCUGGGCAGGCGAGAGCCGAGUGCCAGAACCCAGAACCUUCCACUAGCUCAGGAUCACCACGCAAUGGGGUACCAGGGGCAGCAUGCAGUCAUCCCGCUGCAGAGAGAUCUAGAUGACAGAGAAACCCUUGUUUCUGAACACGAGCAUAAAAGGAAAUCUUGUCAGUCUGCUGCUGUUUUUAAUGUUGUCAACUCGAUUAUAGGAUCUGGUAUAAUAGGAUUGCCUUAUUCAAUGAAGCAAGCUGGGUUUCCUUUGGGAAUAUUGCUUUUAUUCUGGGUUUCAUAUAUUACAGACUUUUCCCUUAUUUUGCUGAUAAAAGGAGGGGCCCUUUCUGGAACAGACAGCUACCAGUCUUUGGUUAACAAAACCUUUGGUUUUCCAGGGUAUCUCCUCCUCUCUGUUCUACAGUUUUUGUAUCCUUUUAUAGCUAUGAUAAGUUAUAACAUAAUAGCUGGAGAUACCUUGAGCAAAGUUUUUCAAAGAAUUCCUGGAGUUGAUCCUGAGAAUGUGUUUAUUGGUCGUCACUUCAUUAUUGUGCUUUCCACGGUUACCUUUACUCUGCCUUUGUCCUUAUACCGAGAUAUAGCAAAGCUUGGAAAGAUCUCCUUUAUUUCUACAGUUUUAACAGUUGUAAUUCUUGGGAUUGUAAUGACAAGGGCAGUUUCAUUGGGCCCACACAUACCAAAAACAGAAGAUGCCUGGGUAUUUGCAAAGCCCAAUGCCAUUCAGGCUAUUGGGGUCAUGUCUUUUGCAUUUAUUUGCCACCAUAACUGCUUCUUAGUCUAUGGUUCUUUGGAAGAAGCCACAGUAGCUAAAUGGUCCCGCAUCAUCCAUAUGUCCAUCUUGGUCUCUGUAUUUAUCUGUGUGCUCUUUGCUACAUGUGGCUACUUGACUUUCACUGGCUUCACCCAAGGGGACUUAUUUGAAAAUUAUUGUAGAAGUGAUGACCUGGUAACCUUUGGAAGGUUUUGCUAUGGCAUAACUGUCAUUCUGACAUACCCAAUCGAAUGCUUUGUGACUAGAGAGGUCAUUGCAAACGUGUUUUUUGGAGGAACUCUUUCUUCGGUUUUCCAUGUGGUUAUAACAGUGGUUAUCAUUACUAUAGCCACAUUGGUUUCAUUGCUGAUUGAUUGCCUUGGAAUAGUUUUAGAACUCAAUGGUGUGCUCUGUGCAGCUCCUCUGAUUUUUAUCAUCCCCUCAGCAUGUUAUCUGAAAGUGUCGGAAGAACCAAGGACACACUCAGAUAAGAUUGUGUCCUGUGUCAUGCUUCCCCUUGGUGCCGUGGUGAUGAUUUUUGGAUUCAUCAUGGCUAUCACAAAUCCUCAGGAUUGUACCCAUGGGCAGGAAAUGUUCUACUGCUUUCCUGACAAUGUCUCCCUCACAAACAUCUCAGAUUCUCAUUUUCAACUGACAACACAACUUCCCAUUUUAAACAUCAGUAUCUUUCAGUGAGUUGACUGCUUUAAAAAUAUACAUGUUUUCACAGACAUCUAAACCAUUUAAUAAUAUCCAUGUCUCAGUCUCUAUUUAUAUAUAAAAUUAUCACUUUGGCAUUUAUUAAGACUUGCAUUUCUUUACUCUUUAGUGCAAUGUAAAAGAUAAAGAAAACUGGAUGUCUUUUACUGUAAACUAGGACAAAUGCUUCAUUCUACUGACCGCAGUACACUACUGCUAAUUGGGAAAAGAAAAAUGAAGACUUUAGUGUUUGCUGCAAUCCCAUCAAAGCAUUACUCUUUUUACUUAAUGUGUGAGCCAAGAUAUUGUGUUCCAAAAUAAGUAGGUAAUUAUGAGUUGGAAUUUUGUGUAUGCAUCCUACAGGACAGAAAAAAAAAUGUCUUUAAAGUAUAAAGAAUUGAAGUGAGGGGGAAAUCAAACUAUUAAAAAGAAUGACUAUCUGAAGAACAAACAGAAGCUAUUGUAACAUCAGUAGCAUCCCUUGUUUAGGAAAAGUGGAUCCCUGGAGUAAAUUCCUCCCCAUGUUAAGAAGCAUGAAUAACAGAUUUGAUGUGCAGAGCAAGGUGUGUGAGGAAGCAAAAUCACCUCCCAAUUUUUGAUGUUGUGGGAAUAUGAUGGUCACAUUAUUAUGAAAACAGAACACACACACAUAUUGUUCUGAGAUACAAGACUUAAAAGACCAUUCGUGCCUCAAAUUUGAACCUCUUGAAUUUGCCGUGCUGGCAGGAAGAUACAAUGAGAAGCUGAACUUUAAGACAAGAAACUGCAGUAACAAUCAGAGCUACACAAGAGGCAUCAUUACUCUCCUCAGAGAUAUGUUGGAAGCUCUUAUUGGCUGGGUCCUAUGGAAGUAUGUUGAAAUGGGGGUCGUUUGUCCUUCAGGGUAUUUACCAAGAAUCAUAACUAGUGAGAGGGAGAGAGAAACAAGUUUAGAAAAGAAAAUGGAACUUCAAUGCAAGCUGACAAAGCUUCAGUCGAGUUCACAGGGAAUCUGGAGCACAUAGGACCCAUCAGAGUGGUCCCUGUUCAGAGGAAAUAACCAAGUUUUAGUACUGCUACCUCCAUCAGAGGUAACAAAAGUGGACACCUGGGGAAGGAAGAGCCCUUGGGGUAGGCAGCUUUCCGCAGCCAGCCGAGUAUUUGACAGGAAGUGAGAGCAGGAAGCUAGGCUCUGCUGAUGGCCCAGGCACCACAGGCUUCCGUGAUAGGGGAGGUCUGGAAGGUAAAGCUGUGUCUAUCACAGACACCCUGAAUUUUUAGUGAGGAUUUCUAUGUCUUUUGAUGAGGAUUUCACAUCUUCAUAUUAAUGAUAAUCUUUAAAAAGUAACAAGGAAAAUUGGGGCCAUCUGAAUGACUUCCUUAUAUCAAGUGGCACCCAAAUUGUAUCCUUUAACUUUCAUCUCUAUUUCAGUCAGGUUGAGCAUACAUAGGUCUACGUUGAUUGUUGCCAAAUAAUGAAAAAUAUGACAAGCAGAGUUAAUACAUACAUAAUGUACUUUUAAAAUUCCACAGGCAGAACAGAAAAAAAAAAAAAAAAAAACAUAGGAUCUAUAUAAAAAAUAGCUUCACAGUAGUUUGAAUAAAGUAGCAAGAGUUGAGUUGUCAUCACAUGACUCCUAGUAAGAAAGUCCUAAAGAGUACCAGUAGUCUGAACCUUGGCAGGUUAGAUCUUCCGAGGUGAUUUUUGCUUCAAUCAAACAUCCUUCAUGCCACCGAUUUAAUUAAAAUGCUGUUAACUGUAUAGCUUUUCUGUAUUUAACUUGUAAAUGUGUUUCUUAUAUUCUUUAAGUUGUAAGUCUAAGCCAUUUAUGCCUGUUUUAGAUCGGUAUAUGCUUAGGUAAAGCUAUUAUAAAAAUACUUUCAUUCCAUAGUAAGGGAAUGUGAAACAUUUUUGCAACAGUUUAUUCCUACAUUCUCCAGACUGAGAAAUUUCCAUCCAGUUACUAGAGAAAGUCACAAGACAUGAGAUUUCGGAAAGUGUACAGAGAGGCACGUCAAGGAUAACGUCAUUUAGUACUUAACAAUCUAUUAUCUUGUACUUUUGGAUAUGUUAACCUUGAUUCUCCAAGUAUUUGAAAAGCUCCUGGUAGGAACUGAAUGCACCUUUUAAAAUCCAAUAAAUGUCUGUUAUUAAUCAACUGUGAACAAGACUGCCUUUGACCUAAUUACCAGAAGCUUGGGUUAUCAACUUCUUUCAACUGAUGAGUGAAUAAA